AUGUUCUCCACUUCUGUGCUGGAGUGCCACAAGUCGCUGGACCAAACGAUGGUGAAGAGCCUCGGUGUGCUGAGUGAGAACCGGCUCUCGGAGAACGCCCAGAACACUCCAAGCAAAAUGUGCAAGCGACCCAGCUGGCCACAGGCCCCAGGGCUUUUUGCUUCGGACAAGGAGAAUCGGCCAGCGCAGGAUCCGGAGGCAAAGGUCAACAAGAGUGCCUGGUGGCAGCAGCAGUGCGACGCCGAUGCCCUGAAGCAGCAGCAAGCCCAGCAGCGCUUGCGCGCUGGCGCCGAGGAGCAGCUGCAGCGGCUGCGCAGCGCCCGGCGCUCCGAGGGCGCUGGCGAGGACCCGUCGGAGCUCCGGCGCCGCUGCCGGGAGCUGGAGCUGGAGCGCGACGCCUUGUCGCUGCGUGCGCAGGCGGCGCUGCGCUUGGAGGCGGAGCUGGAGGCCGAGAAGGCGCGGGCCGCGCACCUGGCGCAGCAGCUCCGCGGCUCCGAGGCGGCUGCGCGGCGGGCGGGCCUUCAUGAACUCUGCGAGCAGGUGAAGAAUCUCAACCGCCAGGCAGACCUCCACGAGGAACAGCUUGCCGCCAUCAGCAAUCGGAGGAUGGCUUCCACUUUAGUCCGCUCCGUCGUCUCGCGCGUGUUGGCGCGGCAGAGCCCGGAUCUGCAGAAGCCCGACAGGGUGUGCGAUGGGGUGAGGAUGGUGAGGAGUGAGGAUGUGGCGGUGCAGGCCGAGCUGCGCACGGAGGCUUCCCCGGAAUCCGAGGAGCUCCGCCUGCUCCGCGCGGAGCUCUCGGAGGCCCGGGCGGCCGCCGAGGUCCGGCGCAGCUGCGGCCGGGAGGUCCGCGAGGGUCUCCAGAAGGAUUGCGAACGCUGGCGACGCCAUGCUGAGGGUCUGGAGAAGCAGGUGGACCAGCUCGGCCGCAGCAUGCAAGGUUGCGAGACCUGCGCCAUGUUGCUGGCAGAGAGCCAGGAGCUGGCGCUCACCGUCACCACCCUGAAGAACCAGUGUGAGGCCCUGGAGGUGGAGAGGAAAAGCCUGACAAGCAGGGUGACCUCCCUCCAGGAGAAUCUGGAGGACGUGUCGUCCUCGCACGCAGAGCUGGCGGGGCAUGUGAACCACCGGCAGAAGAUCCGGCACACCGUGCAGCUGAAGGAAGACAGGGACAGCUACCGCGAGGAGAACUUCCGGCUGAAGCAGCGCAUCCUGCAACUGGAGGCUGGGAACAGUAGCCAGGGCAUCGUGCAAGCGGUGGCUGGCUUCUCAGGAAGCGAGCCCCGUGGCCACCGGGUCUCACGACUGAGCUCAAGGCCGUCGUGCCGCGGUGCCACAGAAAACUUGGAUGGCUCCCAGCGCUUGCAGAAACGAUGCCAGCAGCUCGAGCGGGAGUUGGAGCGAAACAAAGUCAACGUCACACACUUCCUGGCCAUCAUCGAACGGGCGGUGUCCAUGGAGGGCGAGCCCACGGUCGCCGCCCUGCUCGAGGCCCUGCGCGAAAGGUUCCUCUCCUAG